GGAAGCUAAAACAAACGCUGCUGCGUUAUUUUAAUUUGUUUGUGCGUGUCGGGUGGGUUGGGUUCGGCGGCGACUGCACAGAAGAAAAGAUGGGGUGGAUAGGCGACCAAAUGGAUUCCAUUAAAUCUUUGAAUUUCCGGCAAGUUCUAACUCAAGCCAUCAGCCUUGGUAUGAUUGUUACAUCAGCCCUAAUAAUAUGGAAAGGGCUAAUGUGCAUUACUGGCAGCGAAUCACCUGUAGUUGUUGUGCUUUCUGGAAGUAUGGAGCCUGGAUUCAAAAGGGGUGACAUUCUCUUCCUGCACAUGAGCAAGGAUCCUAUCCGUGCUGGAGAGAUUGUUGUGUUUAAUGUUGAUGGACGUGAAAUUCCUAUUGUCCACCGAGUUAUCAAGGUUCACGAACGUCAAGAUACAGGAGAAGUUGAUGUUCUAACAAAAGGAGACAAUAACUUUGGGGAUGAUAGACUUCUAUAUGCUCAUGGUCAGCUCUGGCUGCAAAGACAUCAUAUUAUGGGAAGAGCUGUUGGGUUUUUGCCUUAUGUGGGUUGGGUGACGAUAAUCAUGACCGAAAAGCCUAUCAUAAAGUAUAUACUGAUAGGUGCUUUGGGUUUGCUGGUGAUCACUUCAAAAGAAUAGCCUAAGGUGAUUGAUGGAAGAGGAGGAAUACAGGUGAUGAGUCGUAUAUUCUUGGACAAUUUUCGAAGUUGCGAUGGAUUUGUGUCCUGGAAUUGGGAAUUGGGAAUCGGAAUGUGUUGUUGGAUGAGGAAACUAACUACAAUGGGAGGGGUGGGGAGGGGAGUAGAGUAUACUUUUAAUUGUUAAGUGGGUUAUGUAGUUCUCUCUGUCUGUGGAUCAAUUUGAGUAUGUUAAGUGUUGUUGGAUUA